AUGAGGAUGACUGCUGAGUCAGAAAGCUUAGCUCGAAUUUUGGCCUAUUUGGCUGAAAACAAGAGGAGGUCAAUUCUGAAAAAAGAGAGACUUCAGGAUUUAGCCUACGAGGCCGAAGGUUUAGAAAGUGGUCGACAAGACCAAACAAUAGCUUUAGAAAGCUGGAGGCUUGAUUGUAUGUAUGACAACGAGCCUUUGGGGUUCGAAAAGUAUCCAUUAAAUGAGUCCCAGAAGAUGCAAGCACAAGAUCCCUUUGAAGAGAUCGAUCUGGUUGAGGUGUAUAUUGACGACAUUGUGAUAAAAUCGUCAUCACGGGGAGAGCACCUGGAUCACCUUCGAUGCUCAUUUGAUAGAAUGAGGAAACAUGGAUUUAAGAUGAAUCUAUUAAAGUGUGCUUUUGGUAUGCAUGCAGGCGACUUUCUGGGGUUUGUGGUACACAAACGAGGCAUCAAGAUCAAUGAGAACAAGACAAAGGCGAUCUUAAACCUCAAAAGCCCAUCGACAAAGAAGCAGCUCCAAUCUUUGUUGGGGAAGAUAAACUUCUUAAGAAGGUUCAUAUCGAAUCUAAGUGGUAAAACAAAGGUAUUUUUGCCACUGCUCAAAAUUAAGAGGGAAAUUGAUUUGUACUGGGGCCUAGAGCAACAAGAGGAUUUCGAUGCAAUCAAGGGUUACCAUACCAAGCCUCAUAUUUUGUUACCUCCUAGUAGGAAGAAAAAUAUGAGUUUAUAUGUUGUUGCAUCAGAUACGACUAUAGGGAGUAUGUUGGCCCAAGGGGAUAUUAGUGGUGUCGAAAGACCCAUAUAUUACCUCAGUAGAGUAUUGGCAGAUGCUGAAACUAGAAUUGGAAAACGGGCACUGGCAUUAACAGAGUUUUCUCUGACGUUUAAACCUUUAAAGGCUAUUAAAGGCCAACCCGUGGUAGAUUUUAUAGUGGAUCAUGCCAUGGUCGAAUCAUCUCUAACUGUGGUUGACACCAAACCAUGGCAUUUGUAUUUUGAUGGGUCGAGUCACAAAGAUGGAACGGGAGUCGGGGUAUUGAUAUUAUCCCCACAGGAUGGCCCAACGAAAAUUAAGUACAAGAUCAGCGAAAAAUGUUCCAACAAUGAAGCCGAGUACGGGGAUUUAAUAAUUGGUCUUCGAAUCUUGAAAGGGUUGGGAGCUAGCCGAAUUGAGGUAAGGGGUGACUCAGAGUUGGUAGUCAAGCACGUCACACGCGAAUACAAGUGCAUCAAGGAAAGUUUGUUGAAGCAUUUUGUGACUGCGACGCAACUAUUAAAACACUUUGAGGUUACAGACAUAAGGCAUGUACCGAGAAACGAAAACCAAGAAGCCAACGAGCUGGACCAAAUCGAUUCUGGAUAUAAGAUAUAUAAGUCGAAAUUCCAAGAUAUGAUUGAAGUUCGAGAGAAGAUGGUAUCAAACACACCACCACUAACAGAAGAUAUCCUCGACAGGAAUAACAAUCGUAAUGAAGGGCUAGACAAAGAAUGUCAGGAAGCCUAUGGACUCAAGAAGUCCUGGGAACAUGGAGUUUUCACUGUCAACAAAUCAUCCCCAACAGACUGGAGGAAACCGAUUGUAGAAUAUUUAGAGAACCUAGUCGGAGGCACUAACAGGAAAACCAAAUACAGAGCGUUGAGAUAUGUGUUGUCAGAAAAUGAAUUGUUGAAGAAAACACCAGAAGCUGUACUACUUAAAUGCCUGGGAGAUACUGAAGCAUAUUUGGCCAUAUAUGAGCUAUCUAGGCUUGAUAGUCGGAGAUCUAUUGAUCGAAGGCUCCCCGCUGACGAAGACGAUCCUCCUUCUUGUGUUCAAACUUGUCGGGCUUUCAUUCACAUGCCUCAAUAG